GUCUUGGCGGUGAACGACUUCUCUAGGUACACGGCUUUCGGAGGGCAGUCGGGUCUAGAUGCCCUGGCCGCCCACACGGUGUCGGUGCUCAACGCUGUCACAACCAUCUACCGUGCCCUGGUUGGGCUCACCGGAAGGGCUCCGUUUUUUGUGUCUCCUCCUGAAAUCUAUCCCGACAAGGCUGACCAGGCAGUGCUGUUGGAGGAUUUCCUCACCUGGAGCUCUGCACAGAUGGCUGCAGGAUCCUUGCCUGAGAAUGACAACCGAGUCUAUGCCUCAGUCAUA